GUGGUUUCUUUCUGCAAGCGGUCGUUAGCGCCAUCCUUCCCGUCCUUUGCGGUCGUCCUCGCCGCUCUCUCUGCUGUCGGCCUCUGUUCUCGGUUGUGCAGUAUGCCCAACAUGCAGGCAUCGGACGGCCUUGCCCUCGAGUUAUCCGACAUCAUGCACACCAUGUCUCCCUCUCCGAUCCCUCAGUUAUCUCUCCCGCCGGAUGCGAUGCACUUCGGGAGUCCUCACAUGCCGCCGCCUGAGCCUAUCUAUGCCUUGGAGCCAAGUGCAUUCAUACUCACACAUAUACGACAUGCUCGUGUGCCUAGUCCUUCGCCAGAGCCGCUGGAUCGGUCAGAAAUACAGAUGAUGCGCUCGCGGAUUGAGCAACUUGGUUUUGCAGGUCCUAGUCCUGGUAAUUCAGGUGCUACAUCAAUAGAGCACGAACUUGCAGAUAUGGUUCUUCGCUUGACUACACAUCCGAUUCUCAAACCCUCUACGUCCCAGCUGGCUGUCCAGGCAGAGACCAUCGCCGAUUUGACAGAGCAACGGAACCAAAUACUACAAGAACGGGAGGAAGAACAUGCACGCUGGCAGGCUGAACGCGAAGGCUGGGAGAGGAGCGCAGAAGCCCUCAUUGGCAAGCGGCGGGCUGCCACUGACGCUGCGGAAAAAGACUACGAGUCUGAACGCUUGAUCUCCCGCCUUAGGGACGAUAAUUGGGCCCUCCGGCAUAAGCUCUCAGACGCCAACAGUCGCCUGGCCGCACUCGAGCAUGAGCUCUCUCGCCUUCGUCCACUAUUACUCAUGCAGCCAUCAAUACUGAAUGACCCCAGUCUACUACAGCACCCAGCAUUCGCACAGUUAGCCGUCGUCAAAGACAACACUGAAAAUAGGAGGAAGAAACUCAAGAAGGAGCGAGAGCGAGCGAAGGACCUGGAGGCACUGAAGGAGGCAUCUCAGUUGCAGCAGCAGCGGCAACGGCAGGAAGCUGAAGGGCAGGCCUAUGCAGAAGCCGAGUUCUUGAAUGACAUGGAGAUGGAUGCGCCCGUGUUCGAGGCCAACGGGAGCAAUGAGCUGCUCAACGGGCAAGCGUCGAAUUUUCCUAUGGACGUCAUUGCGCCAGCAGCUACCAUCUUCACGGACGCUCCAGCUUCGCAAGGUGUCGCAGGCCAAUCAACCGGCCCGCCGCCGGAGGCGGCAACUUCGUCGAAGCAGUAUCAUGUACAAAUCCUCGAGAAGCCGCAGAAGAAGCGGAAAGAGAAGGAGAGGAGGUUCCGCAGGGAGCGUGCCCCGCUUCUGUCCGAUGCUCGAGCGGAGUGCUUGCUGGUCGCGGCUCGGAAGAUCGGGCGCAUGAGGGCGAUACUCCUGGCAGAAAUGGUGAGGGAGCGAGAGGAGCGGGAACGACAGCAGAAUCUCGGCAUGAGUUCGUUCGGAGGGCCAUCCCAGUAUCCUCUCAAUGGUUGGCAGUUUGGAAUGAAUGGCCAACCGGGGCCGUCUAGUUUCUCUGGAUUUUCUCCCUUCAUGCCCGUUGUGUCUGGAAACCCACUUUCUGCACAGAACUCAUUCUCAAGUAUGUCCUUUCCCCACGCACCUCCCUUCCAGACCGCUCUCCAGACACCUCCAAUGCACCAUAUGCAACCCCAGCCUCUGGCCGGACCUCCUCAAUCCUAUCCGAUCUCUGCACCUGGGUUCUUGUACGUUCCUAAUCCUAUCUCGAGUCCCGCAGCCUCCGGCACACAGACAGUCCCGAGCACUCCAACUGCACUGCAUUCUCAGACAAGCUCGCACACUCAGUUCUCUAUGGGCGGGCGGUCGCAGGAGGAACCGACGACCCCGCUCCACUCGCUGCUCACCGCUGCGCGAACAUUGCUGGUGGGCGAGGACUUCGACGUGGACGAAAUAGUCGGUGUUGGCGGCGAGGCGACAGAGCACAGGGUACAGACGCGGAGCGCGGCUACUGCCGCCCUGGAGCCUUCCACGCCCAAGAAGCGCAGAGCUCUCGGCCGGAACGCGACGCUGCCCGUCGCCGCACCAUCGCCUGGCGCCGCAGUGCGAAAGCGGAGACCGGUCCGUGCAGCCGCCACCGACCAGCCGCCGAAUAGGAAGGGCAAGGGGAAGCAGAAGGAGGGUGCGCGUGAUACGAAUGGGCACGCGGGUGCGCCGACGUCCGUGCGGUUGACGCGCGUGCAUAGUGCGCUGGAUGUGCUCGCGCAGGCGGCAGACGAGCAGGAGAGGAGGCCGCCGUCGGGGCCUGCGAGUAGGCGGGGUAGUGUGGAGCCUGAGCGAAGAUCGGUGGUCCCUCUUUCUCGGCUAAAGCAUGUCGAGACGGGUGACGCGGCGCGUUCGGGGACCUCAGUUCCUGGAGCAACGUCUAUUGUAGCUGAGGACGAUGAUUCGCGGACGCAGCCAUCGUCUCCUCGUUCUCCAACGCAGGCCGAUCCCGUUGGACGUCCCCAUACAUUAUCGCACGCAGCCCACGGGGAGCCAGCAAAGAGGCCACCAUCCGUGCCACCUGUACGAAUAGAGCCGCCCGUGCUGCCAGACAAUGCAAGCGUCGCCCCAGACUCCUCGUGGUCGACGCGGACACGACAGAUCGAGGUCAUUCUUGUCGAUCACCCUCCGCAGGGCGAGUCGCAGGCAAACUCUGCUCUGUUUGGAGUGUCUGAAGAUAGCUUUGCAUCUUCUGUUGAUAUGCAGCUUCAGACACUGCAAGGAGGUCCGUCUCAAGCGCCGAGUUAGGACGGACCGGGCGGAAGUUUAUUCACUUAGGGUAAUACAGCGCACUCUGCCAGUAUCUGUGCAGUAGUAGAACUGGCGGGUGUCGUUCGUUCGGCUACACCAUAUAUAGGGCAUCUGAAAACGGUUGCGCAUCUACAUCGCAUUUUCUGCAUCUUAGGACAUGUCUCGUCUAAAAGUAUAUCGCUCAUGUAUUUUAUUGUGUACUUGCAUAUCGUUCUUUGCUGUGCUUUCAACCAGGUAUCUAUUCAAUAUUGCUUUGCGCAUCUCGCCGUAGCACUACAUUGACUUGACUCAAUGAUUCUCUCAAUAAGCCG